GGUUUGAGUUUGAUUCGAGUGACGAUUGGCAAUUCUGUGCCACAUUCCGCCAGAUUUUGGCGCCUUUGCUUUCAUAGUUUUUCAUUUUCCUGUUAGUUUUCCGAGUGUUAGUGAGCACUGUACCUUCAAAAUUAACACUCGGUGUAGCAAAAAGCGAAAAUUAUCACCCACAUUUGCCUGGACUUGCCCUAACUUUCAAUUCGCCAAACUUGAAAAAGCGAGGUUAAGUGUUACUGUGUGUUUUACAUUUUUCAAAAUUAUACGAUGGUUAAAAGCGAGACACGCGUCAAUUUGCCUUGGGUCGAAAAAUACCGCCCCAGCAGUCUGGACGACUUGGUGUCUCACGACGAUAUUAUCAAGACAAUCGGUAAAUUUAUUAGGGAGGACCAGGUCCCCCACUUGUUGUUCUAUGGCCCCCCUGGAACGGGCAAAACUAGCACUAUUCUGGCUUGCGCCCGCCAGCUUUACACCCCGGCCCAGUUUUCCUCAAUGGUUUUGGAAUUGAAUGCCUCUGAUGACCGGGGCAUUGGUAUUGUAAGGGGACAAAUUCUCACGUUUGCGAGCACACGCACAAUUUUCAAGUCAGGCUUCAAGCUGAUUAUUUUGGACGAAGCGGACGCAAUGACCAUGGACGCCCAAAACGCCCUCAGGAGAAAUAGGAGCGACCGCGACUACAUCGGCUUUGCCACCCUGCCGGACCAAGUCCACCGCAAGUCGGUGAAGCGCGGUUUCGACUUCACCCUUAUGGUGGUGGGCGAGUCUGGCUUGGGCAAAUCCACUCUGAUUAACAGUCUGUUCCUGGAUGACCUCUACAAAAAUCGCAAAAUCCCCGAUGUCAGCGAACGCAUCCAGAAAACGACUUCCAUCGAGAAAAAAACGAUGGAAAUCGAGGAACGCGGAGUGAAACUCCGCCUGACCGUAAUCGACACACCUGGCUUCGGAGACGCUGUUAACUGUGAAGACAGCUGGAAAGUGUGCACAAACUACAUUGACGAUCAAUUCAGACAAUACUUCACCGACGAAAGCGGGCUAAAUAGGCGGAAUAUCCAGGAUAAUCGGGUCCAUUGCUGUCUCUACUUUGUCCCGCCUUGGGGACACAGUCUGAGGCAGAUGGACCUGGAGCUGAUGAAGCGGCUGCACCAGAAAGUCAAUAUCGUGGUGGUCAUCGCCAAGGCCGACUGCCUCACCAGCUCAGAGAUCGCCAAGCUCAAGCAGAAUAUUAUCAACGAUAUUAGAGAGCACGAAAUUCAGAUGUACGAAUUCCCCGAAUGCGACAGCGACGAAGACGAAGAAUUCAAGCAACAAGACCGGGAACUGAAAGCGAGUGUUCCCUUUGCUGUUGUUGGCAGUAACACGAUUUUAGAAGUGGCUGGUAGGAAAGUCAGGGGGCGCCAAUAUCCAUGGGGAGUGGUCGAUGUCGAAAACCCGAAACACAGCGAUUUUAUUAAGUUAAGAACGAUGCUAAUCUCCACGCACAUGCAAGAUCUCAAAGAUGUCACCGAAGAUGUUCACUAUGAGAAUUUCCGAGCACAAUGUAUCUCGCAAAUUUCGCAACACGCCCGGGAAAGGGGGAAGUUGAAGAGGGACUCAGCCCCCUACGACUCGGAUUGCUCAGAAACCGACCGGUUGCUGCUCCAAAAGGACCAAGAAAUCCGGCGAAUGCAAGAAAUGCUGAACCAGAUGCAAGAGAAACUCAAAGGCAACGCUUAAGCAGCAGUAUUAACUUCAAUCAAUUAGACGCGCUAUAGUUGAUGUUUUACCUACCAAAGACUUAAUUUAAUUUCACGUUUUUCCAUAUUUAUAUUGGAUUUAUGUUAUUUUAUAUGUUAUUUGAAUAAAUAUUUAUUAGAA